AUGGGAAUUUACUGUUCAACAAGAACAAGUCUUGCGUAUAAAUCAAGUCCACCAUUAUCUGCAAUAGACAGGUUUUUAUGGGGUCAAACUCAAAGCCUCUCGUCUCAGUUUCCCAUACAAAACAACGCGAAGAUCAGCAAAGGAACAGUGCUCAGUUCAACCAGUACAGAUGCCUUAAUUGGUGGCUAUUUAGCAAGGCAAAAUAACCUUGAGGAAAGCUUUGUUGGUGGACUUUUUGUAGAUGGCAAAACCCUUUCUUUGUCAGAUGAGAAAAACCCUAACAUGGAAAUGGAAGUUAAAGGUAAUUUGAAGAGAAACAAGAGAGUUGCUUCUGCAGCUCUGAUCAAGGGUCAGUGGACAGAUGAUGAAGACAGGAAACUGAUAAGGUUGGUGAAGCAAUAUGGAGUACGGAAAUGGGCACAGAUUGCUGAGGGUUUGGUUGGUAGAGCCGGAAAACAGUGUCGAGAGCGGUGGCACAAUCAUUUACGCCCUGAUAUCAAGAAAGAUAGCUGGAGCGAAGAAGAAGAGAAGAUCUUAAUUGAAGCUCAUGCAAAAGUUGGUAACCGAUGGGCGGAGAUUGCAAAGUUCAUCCAUGGAAGAACUGAAAACUCCAUAAAAAACCAUUGGAAUGCUACAAAAAGGAGGCAAAACUCGAGGAAGAAGAACAAACAAAACGAUAAUCAAAGUGGCAAACCACAAUCUUCUGUUCUUCAAGAUUAUAUUAGAAGCCAAAAUCUGAACACCAACAACCGGACCACCACCACCGUUACCCAAACCAACAGCUCCACCACCUCCGCAGCCGCUUCUAGCUUCACAUUCUCCGAAUCCGAUGAUUCUCAUCCCUUGGUUGCUCAAACAUACGAUGAUGAACUUCUCUUCAUGCAGAACUUAUUUGCAAAUAACAACAAUAACCUUCACCCCAUAUUUUCUGAUAAUCACAGCGGCUUCUCCUCUUCUGCUGUGGAACCAAACUUGCCUACAAAGAAGCUUAAACAAAACGAGCCUCGAACCACCACCUACAUGUUUUCCGAUCUCUACUUGUCUAGCCUGUUGAAUGGAGCAGCCCCUUCGUCAUUUCCGAAUGGCCAUGGAUCAUACAGUGCCGAUGUGAACUCUGAUCUCCUGUCGGAGCAGGCUUCUUCAGAUGAAAGAAAAGAGAUGGACUUGAUUGAGAUGGAGACUGGUUAUGGGAAUAAGUAUGGAAUGGUGAACUCCUUGAUGGGGUUGGCUCUUUUCCACUCAAGCUUUGAGUGA